GAAUCUGUAAAUCCUCCUCCCUCAUCAGAUCAACCUGUCUCAAUUGGAACAUGGGUACGCAGAAGAUUGGCCAUUCCUCAAUCUGCUCUCCAAGAUUCACAAGAGCCUACUGCUUCAGGGUACGACCUCUUGCGUUAAUUUCCUUGAAUUCAUAUUAUUGAUUGUUCGAGUGAAGACAAACAAUGCAUCCUUGAACGAUAUCUGCGUUUAG